AUGCUGGGUACUCAAGAAAACGAGCCGCGAAUUCCCAAGAUGACACUUUCAGAACUCCGUAGACCUAAGGCACGAAGGUUGACCCUUACAAAGGGGAAAACUUGCAACCUGACAGAGACCAAGGCAACACCGGACAGAGGGACAGACACAAUGUCGGCCGCUCCGGAGCAGGAGAUAGAUCUUCGUACGUUGGACAAGGAUGAGGCGCCCCUCGAAGCGGGUGAAGUCACUCUCGGCCAGGACGAGCCCACGUCAAACACUGUUGACCCAACCACGGCCUGGAAGUUGGAAAUGGCACAAUUCUUCCAACAAAUGCGGUGCGACCAGAAAGGAAGUACAGGCGAAACGAAGAAAGGGGCGGAUCUCAUAAUAACUCAAGAAAACGAGUCGCGAAUUCCCAAGAUGACGCUUUCAGAGCUCCGUAGACCUAAGGCACGAAGGUUGACCCUUACAAAGGGGAAAACUUGCAACCUGACAGAGACCAAGGCAACACCGGACAGAGGGACAGACACAAUGUCGGCCGCUCCGGAGCAGGAAAUAGAUCUUCGUACGUUGGACAAGGAUGAGGCGCCCUCGAAGCGGAUGAAAGAAAACGAGUGGACUGGCAAUUACAACGAAUAUUGCAACGAGUUCUCAGACAUAGUAUCCAAUGGAGAAGAACUGCCCGGACACGACCUGAUUAUGUACUUCCUCGCCGGAUUACCCACGGAUAUCGGAGACGAGCUGACCGACAAAGGCAAGCGGACAUUUUCGACGUGGAACGAGGCCGCGAAUGCGCUGAGAGCGUACAUGGUUCCAUUCAAUCUGUGGAGGGCCCAGAGAAAACGUGCACUACAGGAGCUGCAGGGUGCAGAGAAGCCGAGACCUAAGCGUAGGAGUCACCUCAGGGAAUACGGAGAGGCGAACAGACGCCACAACGAGGCUGUCUACGGCGUCAAUCGUAAAACCUAUUCGACGGGGAGAACGACGAUGGACGGGGAAAGAGAUACAACCCGUUGCUUCGAGUGCACAGGCCAGGGGCACUUGGGAAGGGAAUGUCCCUUGCGUAAUGGCGUAGCAAGACGGAGAGGCGAAACUUGCUCGAAGUGCGGCGGAAUGGAUCACUACGCUAGGGAUUGUGCAACGAACCGUCGAACAACGAACGGAAAUCCGCGGGUCAUCACGGCAAUGCACACAGAGCCGCGGGAGGGAGAGUCACGGUUAAACGAGAAGGCCUAG